UAUUGCAUAGGCUCCCGGCGCUCGAGCGGCUCGGUGUGGUCCCGACAGGUCCGCAGAGCAGCCUCGGCAGCUCCGGGGAGCAGCAAAAUGUUCAGGAUCCCUGUGAGAAGGGCCUUGGUGGGCCUUUCCAAAUCCCCUAAAGGAUGUGUUCGAACAACUGCCACAGCCGCAAGCAACUUGAUUGAAGUAUUCGUUGAUGGUCAGUCCGUCAUGGUGGAACCAGGGACAACCGUCCUCCAAGCAUGUGAGAAAGUUGGCAUGCAGAUACCUCGCUUCUGUUACCAUGAAAGGCUGUCUGUUGCUGGAAACUGCAGAAUGUGCCUUGUGGAAAUUGAGAAAGCACCUAAGGUUGUAGCUGCAUGUGCCAUGCCAGUAAUGAAGGGUUGGAAUAUUCUGACAAACUCAGAAAAAUCCAAGAAAGCCCGAGAAGGUGUGAUGGAGUUCUUACUAGCAAAUCACCCGCUGGACUGCCCUAUUUGUGACCAAGGAGGUGAAUGUGAUCUCCAGGACCAAUCCAUGAUGUUUGGAAGUGAUAGGAGCCGAUUUUUAGAGGGGAAACGUGCUGUGGAGGACAAGAAUUUGGGGCCGUUGGUGAAGACUAUCAUGACCAGAUGCAUACAGUGCACUCGCUGCAUCAGGUUUGCAAGUGAGAUUGCAGGUGUGGAUGAUUUGGGAACAACAGGCAGAGGAAAUGAUAUGCAAGUUGGCACAUACAUUGAAAAGAUGUUCAUGUCGGAGCUGUCUGGAAAUAUCAUUGAUAUCUGCCCUGUAGGUGCACUAACUUCCAAACCCUAUGCUUUUACUGCACGGCCUUGGGAGACAAGAAAGACAGAAUCCAUUGAUGUUAUGGAUGCAGUUGGAAGUAAUAUUGUGGUUAGCACAAGAACUGGAGAGGUGAUGAGAAUCUUGCCACGUAUGCAUGAGGACAUCAAUGAAGAGUGGAUCUCUGAUAAAACCAGAUUUGCCUAUGAUGGGCUAAAACGUCAAAGACUUACGGAGCCAAUGGUCAGAAAUGAAAAGGGGCUUUUAACCUAUACCUCCUGGGAGGAUGCACUGUCUCGAGUGGCUGGAAUGUUGCAGAGUUUUCAAGGCAAGGAUGUGGCAGCGAUUGCAGGUGGCUUGGUGGAUGCUGAGGCCCUGGUAGCUCUCAAAGAUUUGCUGAAUCGAGUGGAUUCGGACUCGUUGUGCACCGAAGAGGUCUUCCCCACUGCAGGAGCAGGCACAGAUUUGCGUUCCAAUUAUCUCCUUAAUUCCAAAAUUGCGGGUGUGGAAGAGGCAGAUGUUGUUCUUCUGGUUGGUACAAAUCCACGUUUUGAGGCACCACUGUUUAAUGCAAGAAUUCGAAAGAGUUGGCUUCAUAAUGACUUGAAAGUGGCCCUUAUAGGCAGUCCAGUGGACCUCACUUACAGAUACAAUCAUCUGGGAGACUCUCCCCAGAUUCUUCAGGACAUUGCUACUGACACCCAUCCAUUCAGCCAGGUCCUAAAGGAAGCUAAAAAACCAAUGGUCGUCUUAGGCAGUUCUGCACUCCAAAGGAGUGAUGGGGCAGCAAUUCUUGCAGCCGUUUCCAGCAUCGCACAGAAAAUUAGGAUGACUAGUGGUGUUGCUGAUGAUUGGAAAGUUAUGAAUAUCCUUCAUAGGAUUGCAAGCCAAGUGGCUGCUCUGGAUCUUGGCUAUAAACCCGGGGUGGAAGCGAUCAGAAAGAACCCUCCCAAAGUAUUGUUUCUCCUGGGAGCAGAUGGAGGCUGUGUCACGCGACAGGAUUUACCAAAGGAUUGUUUCAUCGUUUAUCAAGGACAUCAUGGUGAUGUUGGGGCUCCCAUAGCUGAUGUCAUUCUCCCAGGAGCUGCUUACACAGAGAAGUCUGCUACUUACGUCAACACCGAGGGCAGAGCUCAGCAGACGAAAGUAGCAGUGACACCUCCUGGCUUGGCUAGAGAAGACUGGAAAAUCAUAAGAGCCCUUUCUGAGAUUGCCGGUUUAACUCUUCCAUAUGAUACUCUGGAUCAAGUGAGGAAAAGGCUUGAAGAAGUUGCUCCUAAUCUUGUUCGGUAUGAUGAUGUUGAAGGAGCCAACUACUUCCAGCAAGCUAGCGAGCUCUCCAAGCUUGUGAAUCAGCAGCUUCUUGCCGACCCUCUUGUUCCACCUCAGCUAACAAUAAAAGAUUUCUACAUGACAGAUUCAAUUAGCAGAGCCUCCCAGACGAUGGCCAAGUGUGUUAAAGCUGUUACAGAGGGUGCCCAGGCAGUAGAGGAACCGUCCAUAUGCUGAACCAUCUACUGCGAGUUGCAUUGGAAUGAUUCCUUGGAGGUGUAUCAAUUUCAGAAAAAAAUCUGAUACUGUAUUUAAUGUUGUACCAUGCUUAUUUGAAAAUGAAACUGUAGUUAUCAGAUACUUGGCAGUUUCAGAAAAACGUGUGUUGUAUGUAAACAUUGUUAAAUUGCUAAUAAAGCUCUCAAGAUACGGCUUCAUGAAAAGCAUUGAUCCUUGUGACGAAUACAAAGAUUUUUGUUUAGUUUCGUAAAGUUAUGUUUAUAAAACAGGUGAAAUGAAAAGGCCUUCCAUUAAGACUCACCUUUUAUAUUGUUGAAGGAAAGGUUUAAUCAUUCUGUCAAGAUUGCAAAAUAGAAAAAUUAUGUAAUAUAUCACAUCUUGCUAAUGAAUAACAGUAACAGUAGUUCAUGAUUAUUUAGCUUUUUCUUUGUGCUAAGCACUCUGCUUUUAUGUGUUGUUUUCCUUUGCCCUGUGAGAUAGUAGUAGUACCUCGUUUUACAGAUGAAGAAAUUAAAGCCCAGUGUACAUAUUAAGUAGCUUGUCCAAGGCCACACAGUCACAUUUAAACUCUGGUUUUAUUCCAUAGUCCAUUUUUAACUGCUACACACCCUCCAUUCAUAGAUUGUUACUUUUAAAAUGCCAUAUUGAGUUCAUGAAUAACACAUUUCUCAAAUCUGUUUCUAUAUUGUUAUAAUUAAAUGAUUAUACAUAUUUAUACUUGGAAUGAGGGUAGGCUGAAGAGAAACAAAUUUAAUUCUCAUUACUAUGCUGUGUUCACUAUAACCCCAACUGUAGUGUUACGCCAACUAAAUUACAGAAAACUAAUAGCUUCCAUAAUUUUCAGUUGUGAAAAUAAAAAAGGAAAUAAUUUUACAGCUAACCUAGGAAAUACUCUAAAGCUCAAUUCUAUUUUUAUUCCGUUUUUGAAAAGCUUAAAAAAGAAAAAUUCAUUGAAAAUGCUUUUCUUAUUAUGUUUAUUUCUUCUGCUUUCAUUAGACUUAGCCCCACUACAUAAAAAACCAUUUUCCUGUUAUAAUAGAUAAGGUUUUUAAAGUAGUGUCAUUAAUACUUUCAAAAUUGUACAUUUAUUGCUAGAAUUUUUUAGAUCCUUUUUUCCUCUUCAGUGAUAAAUCAUGAUGUUACAGAUUUUGCUUAAAAUCCGCAGUUGUCAGUUCUAAAAAUUCUUGCUAAAAUGUUUGAAUUCAGUGACAGUUUUCUGUAUCUCUGUGUUCUUCUCCCCUUACACCUGAAGGGAGCAAACUCCAAUUUUGUUUUACACAGUAUUCUUGAAUAUAUGCACACUUCAUGGGUUGUUGGUAUAUUAAAGUAGAAAAAUGGUGAAAAAAAUUGCUGUGUUGAUCCAGCGUCCUUAGCUAUCCUGUAAGCAGUGUGUGCUGAAAUGUUUUUAUUUCUCCAAGAAUGUCUUGUCUGGGGUAAGUAGUACUAAAUAAAAUGUAUUGGUUUUUA